GGGCUCUACCUGCAGUCUGCAGCCUAAGGGCCCCUCGAUUCCUCUUCCGGGAGCUCCAGGAAGCAGUCAGGCCUUGGUCUGAGACAGUGUCCUCAGGUCACAGAGCAGAGGAGGCCCAGGCAGUGUCAGCAGUGAAGAUUCUCAGGGGACAGGCUGACCAGGAGGACAGGAGCCCCAAGAGGCCCCAGAGCAGCACUGAAGAAGACCUGCCUGUGGGUUCUCCAUCACCCAGCUCCUGCCCACGCUCCUGACUGCUGCCUUGACCAGAGUCAUCAUGUCUCUUGAGCAGAGGAGUCCGCCCUGCAAGCCUAUACGUCCCACUGGAUCCUCACAGCCCCGGGAAGCAGGUGCUACUACUCUUAUCCCCGGGAGGAGACGGAGGCCGAGAGAGGUUAAGUGACGUGCCCAAGUCACACAGCUCGGCAGCGGCCAGGUUGAGACACCAGCAUCAGCAGUCUGUUUGCAGACCCCUCACUGUCACCCCCUGAGCCAGUGCAUCUUGGGCCCUGCGGUCAGGGUGUCUCAAGCGUGGAGGCAUCACCGGUUCGUGGCAGUCUCUGGAAGAUCCCUGAGCUCUGUGCCCAGAAUCGAGUCGGGGGAGUCUGUGCAGAGGUGGCCCUGUGUGUGGGGACAGUGUACGACACAGACACUGCUUUGGAUGGACACCUCUCCCGUGACCUCCUAGCAUCCGAUCCCAAAGGAACAACUGUUGCAGAGAUGGACCACUAGGCACAAACCCAUGUGCGUUUCUCUGGAGACACUGGCCAAGGAAAACAAGACAUGCUCAAAGGCCAACAGCUGCAUGCCCCACCACGAUGUGACUGCAGAGACCCGGGGUGUAGAAGGGUGUCUCUGCUUGGUGGGGGGACACGUGCAGGCCGAGGAGAGGCAGGAAGAAGGCUGCCUCCGACUCCCCACUGGACUGCAUGGCGACGGUGUGUGCUGGGGCAGUCAGCUAAGCCAUUUGCCUAAGUGGCUGUCGGGUAUCUGCGUGCUGGGGACCGACAGUGUGGGUGUGUUAGGAGGAUCUGUAUGGAGCACAUUGCUGCCUCUGGCUAGGACAGGGUGGAAAGGGUGGCGUGGCUACAGCCUGACCCGUGGGCAUUGUCCUACCCUUUAUUCUGUGCUUCAAAGUGUCAGUCAUGUGCUGGGGUCUGUGGGCCCAUGACUCAGAUGGUGAGCUCUGACCUUCCUGAGCCAGGGCUUUCCUGUAGUUCUGCCUGGCUCAGGAGCUCUAGGACAAGGGGACCGCUCCAGGUCUGCACCUAAGGUGUGGCAGGGCCCCUUGGCACUCCUGUGCACUAGUGUCAUCUUUCCCAUUGAAAUGACUGUGAGGAUCGGAAUGUGCACAUGCAGAUGGGCAGCUACUUGUCUGCCUUGGCCCUUUAUUACAUAACUUGCUGGGUGUGUGGAGAUGCCACCCCUCCCCCGGCAGUCAGAGCCCCUUUAUGAUGUCAUGGGGCUGGUUACAUGACUGCCAAGGGGUGCUGCUGGCCACACUGCACUAGCAAGUUUGCCAGUUGGAGGACUAGCCAUCAUUGAUCAUGGCUCGCUGUGAAGAAAGAAAUUUGAGAGGACAGGGUCACGGCUUGGAAAGGGUGCCUUUUCCUCCCCAAUUGCACUCAGAGACCUACCUUCACCCAGCAGAUCCUUCCCCUGCCUGGCACGACCCAGUGUCCACUGGGAGCCCUAACUUCAUGCUGCUGACAGAAGAAAUCGCUUUCCAACCUCUGGCCGAGGCAGCUUCGUUCAGAAGGCCGCACCCUGACGGUGACGUCCCGCCCCAGGGAGCAGAUAAUCUCCUCUCCCUCCCCUUUCCGCAGAAACUGUGGAGACUGGUCAGCAGCAACCAGUUUUCGUCCAUCUGGUGGGAUGACAGUGGGACUUGUAUAGUGAUCAAUCAAAAACUCUUUGAAAAGGAGAUUCUCAAAAGGGACGUCGCACACAAAGUGUUUGCCACAAAUUCGAUAAAGAGCUUCUUCCACCAGCUAAACUUGCAUGGCUUCCGAAAAUGGCGUCAAUGCGCUUUCAGGACCUUCACCCGCAUUUUCUCCACAAACAGGCCGGUCUCCAUCUCGAAUAAGUUAGAGUUCUACUGCCAUCCUUACUUUCAAAGAGACUCCCCUCACCUCCUCGUGAGGAUGAAGAGAAGAGUGGGCGUCAAGUCUGCACCAAGACAUCAGGAGGAGGACAAGCCAGAAGCUGCUGGAUCCUGUCUGGCACCAGCAGACACUGAGCAACAAGAUCACACAUCUCCGAAUGAGAAUGACCAGGUCACACUGCAACACCAGGAACCGGCCGGUCCCAACACCCAAAUCAGGAGUGGCUCUGCUCCACCAGCAACUCCUGUGAUGGUGCCCAAUCCCGCCAUGGCGAGUGACAACGCUCCAGCGACCCAGCCGGCGGGCGAGUGGUCAGAGGGCAGCCAGGCUCACGUCACUCCGGUGGCCACUGUCCCUGGGCCUGCAGCACUGCCCUUCCUCUAUGUCCCUGGAUAUCCCACUCAGAUGAAUUCUUACGGGCCUGUGGUGGCCCUUCCCACAGCGUCCCCUAGUGCCCUUGCCAUGGACACCACAGGACUUCCUGCACCUGGCAUGCUGCCCUUUUGCCAUCUCUGGGUACCGGUGACCCUAGUGGCUGCUGGGGCUGCACAGCCUGCUGCCUCCAUGGCCAUGUUCCCCCAUCCCCCAGCUCUGCACCACCAUUGCCCCCACAGCCACCGCAUGUCACGAACCCGAUUCAGCCCCUACUGUCAACCCAGGGAAGCCCCAGGCUUAGAGGCCGGAUGUGACGUCACUGACACGCGCACUGGGCCCCAGGUUCCCCAGCCCCAUCCUCAGCCCCACUCUACACCCCACCCCACCCCACCCCACCCUAAACUCCACCCCACCCUCAACUCUCCCGCGGCAGAAUCUGGUUCCACCUCUGUUGUCAACCCAGGGAAGCCCCAGGUGCCCGGAUCCACCACCACCAUGACCUACAGUCUCAGGUUCCCCACCUCCAUCCUCAACCCCCCACUCCACCCCACCCCCAAGUCUCCCGUGGCAGAAUCCGGUUUGGCCCCUGCUGUCAACCCAGGGAAGCUCCGGGUGCCCGGAUCCCUGGACCACCCGGGGGUGGACUUCUCGGGCUGGGCCACCCUUCGCCACCUCACUGCUUAA